GGGCGGGGCGGGGCCCGGGCGCCCCCGACCUGGUGCUGACCGCCGCGGUCUGGACACCUUGAGUGGGCGUCGGGCUGGAUCCCCGGCUCCUUCCCAGCGCGGACACGCGCUUCCUCUUCCGCGUUCCCAGGCGUCCAGACCGGAGGGUCGCCACGAGUUCGGGGUUCCCGCGAGUCCUUAUCUCCGCGAGUUCCGAGUUUGAGCCUUCUCGGGGAGCCUGGCUGCUCCUGCCGCGCCCCGGGCACAGGGGGCAGAGGGCACGGGAAAAGGGGGAGGCUCCUGCGGGAAAAUGAGAAAGCCAGACGGGAAGAUCGUGCUUUUGGGGGACAUGAACGUGGGCAAGACGUCGCUGCUGCAGAGGUACAUGGAGCGGCGCUUCCCGGACACGGUCAGCACGGUGGGCGGCGCCUUCUACCUGAAGCAGUGGCGUUCCUACAACAUCUCCAUCUGGGACACUGCAGGGCGGGAGCAGUUCCAUGGCCUGGGCUCCAUGUACUGCCGGGGGGCGGCCGCCGUCAUCCUCACUUACGACGUGAACCACGCCCAGAGCCUGCUGGAGCUGGAGGACCGCUUCCUGGGCCUGACGGACACGGCCAGCGCCGACUGCCUCUUCGCCAUCGUGGGGAACAAGGUGGACCUGAGCGAGGAGGGGCCUGGGGACGGCGGCCAGGACGGAGGGCACGGUCCCGGGCCGGCCGGCGUUGGCGCCACGCCCAGGCUGCCCAAGCAGGUGCAACCAGAGGACGCGGUGGCCCUGUACAAAAAGAUCCUCAAGUACAAGAUGCUGGACGAGAAGGACGCGCCGGCCGCCGAGCAGAUGUGCUUCGAGACCAGCGCCAAGACCGGGCACAACGUGGACCUGCUGUUCGAAACCCUGUUUGACCUGGUGGUGCCUGUGAUCCUGCGGCAGAGGGCCCGGGGGCCCCCGCAGACCGUGGACAUCGCCCCCUGCGGGCCGCCCGCACGGACCAGAGCUGGGUGCUGCGCCUGACCCGCUGCAGGGGAGGCUAGGCCGUCUGUGGCCGGAGGAGCAGAGCCGGGGCGCGGCUCCAUGGACGUGCACACAGAGGACGUGGGGAGGCGGUGACCGCCAGUCACCUCGGGAAGGCCAGCGUGACUGUCCCCUCGUGUGCAUUGUUGCCGUGGGCGGUGGGGAGCCGGCGAUGGUCCUCGGAAGCCACCUGCAGAGCCCCGGCCGCCCUGUGCUGACAGCCCGGGCCUGGAGGAGGGCGUUCGCCUGUCCCGGCCCCUGUGUGGCUGUCACACGUCUCUCUUCACUGUGAUUUACCUUUGGUUUCUUCUUGAUGCAUCGUCAUGAUUGUUGAUAAAUGCUAAUUUAUACAAAAUCAGGAAUCACUUUUUAUACCAGCUGCAGCAUCGUGAGCCACUUGUAUUAUUAAAAUGAAUUUUGAGUAGAAA